AGAACGCGCACCGCACGCGCAGCGGCCCAAAGAGAAAUAAUACUCGUAAAACACAAACCAAGAAAUCGACGUGAUAAUGUGCAGCUAACUAAAUCGCUCAACGAUUCAGAAACUCUAUGAAAAUAAAUAUCCAAAGAUCAAAUCCGAUCAAAGACACAACAUGGUCAUGGAGAUGUCCAAGACGUAUCAGUACCGCAAGGUGAUGAAGCCCCUUCUGGAGCGGAAGCGACGUGCGCGCAUCAACAAGUGCCUCGAUGACCUCAAGGACCUGAUGGUCGAGUGUCUGCAGCAGGAGGGCGAGCACGUGACUCGCCUGGAGAAGGCCGACAUCCUUGAACUGACCGUGGAUCACAUGCGCAAGCUCAAGCAGCGCGGCGGCCUCUCCCUGCAAGGACCCGUAGCCGGGGGCAGUCCACCGCCCGCCACCAGCACCGCCCACGUUGAGUCUUUCCGCUCUGGAUAUGUGCACGCGGCCGAUCAGAUUACGCAAGUCCUGCUGCAGACCCAGCAAACUGAUGAGAUUGGACGCAAGAUUAUGAAAUUUCUAUCGACGCGACUAAUUGAGCUGCAGACCCAAUUGCUGACACAGCAGCAGCAACAGCAACAGCAACAGCAAUCUGGACCCGCCGUCGGUUUUGCAUCGGGUCGACUGGCCUUCCCGCUGCUGGGUGGCUACGGGCCGGCGGCCGCCGCUGCCGCAGUCAGCUACAGUGCCUAUCUGUCCGGCAAGGACGAGCUGAUCGAUGUGACCUCUGUGGACGGCACGGCGAUAUCCGAAACGGCGUCGGUCAGCUCUCAGGAGUCUGGCGCCUCGGAGCCCGUCUGGAGGCCCUGGUGAAGGGCGGGCCUUCAGACGACAUCUAAUUUCGUAGAUCUUAUCCCUAGUGUUUAACCCAAAAAAAAAUGGCUAUUAAUCGUUCGCUACUCACAGCGUACAGCAACCGCAACAAGAUCCGUUGUCUUCCAAAGUAAUUUAUAGCAAACAUCAGACGAAUCCGAAUCGCUAAUCGGUUUCGGAUUGCUUUUGAAAUACCUUUAAGUCUAGUUCCGAUAAUUAUAUGUAGUCUGUAAAUGGAUUGUUUAAUUUAAUCAACUGUGAUAUAACGAAAGUACGAAGAUCAAUUCAUUUCUUGGAGUGGAGUGGAGUGGAGUGGAGUGCGCCAGUUUCCUAAUAAUUUGCUAAAAACGUUUCCUAAGUUGCUUAGUUCAUUGCGCUCUAUUCAAAGUGUAGUUAUCUAAAUUAAGCUUUAAAUAAUUUAUAAAUGUUAAUUUAUGGUUAAUUGAAAACAACAAAUCAAAGGCAAAUACAAUAUCCAAA